GUUGGUUUUCCCUACUUAAUUCGCUUUAGGGGAGCUGUUCAACUGAGAUGCAUUCUCAUCGACAGGAAAUCAUCAGGCGCUGGUGCACCCCCGUCACGCCAGGCGAAGCAAUUCCUAUCUGCGCGAGCGACGGCGCCGCUCGCGGCGCCGCGCUGCCACCGGCAGGCCGUGGCCGACGCCGGCGCGCGACAGCCGAUGACGACGGCGAUGUCCGUAUCGUCGCGCUCGACGUUUGAGCGCGCCCCUCGCAUCUUCUUUACAGACCGAACCUUCGACAUCAACUUUCAGGUUGGCGUUGUCGUCGAUGUGCUGCUCGCGCUCUCGACUGUGCAUGCCCCGAAGGAGUGGGUCGACGAGAUCACGUCCAAGAUGUUGGCCGCGGGCUGGGUUCCCAUGGAGCUGGGGCCAGGCCUGUGGAACUCGUGCGACAGCCGGAUGAUCGUGGGCAUUGAAUGUGCCCGUGUGGACGAUGCGGCCAUCAGCGCCGGCUCGACCAUCGUCCUCGCGACGCAGAGGUUCAAGGAGCUCGGGGGCAACGGAACUGGGGCCAAUGGAGGGCGGGCGGGCAAGUUCAUGCAGACGGGGCUCGAGAUCACCCAGCUCGCCGAUGGUGCAAUCCAGUAG